GCCUGGACGGCGAGAGGCGGUGUCUUCGGCGCCUGGGGUCUCUGCCCACGGAACCGAGGUGUAGUGAGAGCCCCGAGCUACCGGGCGUGAAGGGCGCUGCAGACAGUGAGGGGCGAAGGAAGUUUCAGGCUCAGUUAAUGGGUGGCCCCGUGCUCCGUUACCCGUAGGGGACGGCAGUGGUGUGACUUAGGCUACUUGUCAGGGGUCGGGUUCUCUGGUGGGCAUGGGGCUGGGUUGAUGUGUAAGCUGGGACACAGGACGGUGCGCUCGCCGCCUCCGUCCCGGUGGGGAGGGGUGUCCAGGGCCGGGUUUUAACAAUUAAGGACAUACAGGUCUCUGCAUAUACCCGCUCCAAACAUCAUGUCAUGUUCGUUUCAUAUCCCCACAUCUAGGACGUGAUUACUACCAUAUUUCGAUUGAAUUUAGAAUAUUCAGCUCUUGAGAACUUAAAUUGACCUUUUGCAUUCAUAAUAGCAUGUUUUUUUAACCCAAGCCAAGUAUUUUACAGUUACUGAAUUCCUCACUAAAUUCAUUCAUAAGCCAAACCUUUCUAUAAUACUAGUUCAAAACAAAGCCCACACACACGUAAGUGCCUCCUAUUCGCUGAAAACUUAAGUAUACUAGUGGGAUCAAACGGCAAGUAUACAGCAAUAUUUUAUUUAAACAAACUCAUGUUUAGUACAAAUUUUUAAUUUUUACUACCUUAAAUGUAGACUAACACUACAUGCUAUAAAAAACAAUAAAAAGAAAAUUAGGCUAGCAUUCUAUUCUGCCAAACGCUGGGCAUAAUGUUACAUGCCUUUAAUCAUGGCACUGCAGAGGCAGGAGGAUCUGUGAGUUCAAGACCAUCCCAAUGUACAUAGCAGGUUCCAGGACUACAUAGACCCUGUCUCACAAAAAGAGGAAAAAAAUUGCCAAAGUAUUAUUAUUCUUAGGUUUCUGAACCUGAAGCUUGUAUUUUAUUAAAAUUUUCUGUGGCUGGGGAUGUAGCCCUAUGAUAGAAUGUUGUCUCGCAUGAUGAAGGGCCUGAGUUCAGGUCCCAGCACUGUCGAAGAGAGACAAGGAUGCGGCUUAGUAGCAAAGUGUUUGUCUGCCAUUCAUAAGACUGUGAGUUCAUUCCCAGCACUGAAAAAAGUUCUGCUUUAUAUAUGGGGUAAAGAAUUUAAUCUGGACUGAAACAUGACUGAAAAGGAAAUAAUCUUACAAUGUAAUUCAUAUUAAUAUUGCAUUCUUACACUUCUAAGCAUUUUUUCUGUAAUUAGGAGUUCUACACAGUAGCGGUAUGAUCUUAAUUCUUUGUCGAGUUAUUUAGUUUAAGCCUGUUACCUUUCAAUAUUACAAGUUUUUAGAGAUUUUUCUUUGUAUGCUAUAAGUUAAUAGUGUUUUCAUAUCUUGUAGGAUCCUCCCCCAAGCACAAAGCUCAGUUAUACUAAGGUUUCUGUAAGCUAUUUCAGCCCAGAAUGGCUAUGGAAUCCAGAGCAAUUUCAACUUUAAAACCUCAGGAUCAUCAAGAAGAAUUAAUACUAGUAAAAAUAGAAGAUAGCUUUUCUUGGAGUCAGAACUGUAAACAGAAUGGAAGCACCCAAUCUUGCCAAGAAUUGUUUCGCCAGCAGUUCAGGAAGUUUUGCUAUCAUGAAACACCCGGGCCCCGAGAGGCGCUGUGCCGACUCCAGGAACUUUGCCAUCAGUGGCUGAUGCCAGAGCUGCACACAAAGGAGCAGAUCCUCGAGCUGCUAGUGCUGGAGCAGUUCCUGAGCAUCUUACCUGAGGAGCUGAGGGCAUGGGUCCAACGGCAUGGCCCAGGAAGUGGUGAGGAAGCUGUGAGUCUGCUGGAGGAUCUGGAGAAAGAGUUUGAUGAUCCAGGGCAGCAGGUCCCAGAUAGUCCACAAGGACCAUCAGUGUCAUGGAAAGAUUUAACAUAUCUCAGAGAAUCCCAGGAUUCAACAAGCAUCCAAGUCCGGCCUCUGAAGACACAGCUAAAAUCCUGGAAACCUUGCGCUUCCUCUAAAAGUGAUUCUAAGAAUAAUGAAACAACAGCAAAAGAGGACAUUUCAGAAGAAAAAUCACCGGGACUCUCUUGGGAUCCUUCAUUUAGAGGUGUUAGUGAGCACAAAAGCAAUUUAGAGUGGCAGCAGAGAAGUUCCCCUCUCCAUAGGGGUAGUUUUAGUCAAGUGAUCUUCACACACAAAUCCUUAGCAAAGAGAGAUCAUCAUGAUGAAUCUCAAAGAUGCUUAAUUCUAAGUACCAACUCUGUAACAUGUCAGAAAGUUUCUCCAGAAGAGAGACCUUACAGAUGUGAUGUAUGUGGACACAGCUUUAAACAGCAUUUCUCUCUGACACAGCAUCAGAGAAUCCAUACUGGAGAAAAGCCCUAUAAAUGCAACCAGUGUGGGAAGGCCUUUAGUUUGAGGUCAUAUCUCAUUAUUCAUCAGAAAAUCCAUAGUGGUGAAAAAGCAUACGAAUGUAAUGAAUGUGGAAAAGCCUUCAAUCAGAGCUCAGCCCUCACUAGACAUCGGAAAAUUCAUACAGGUGAGAAAGCUUGUAAAUGUAAUGAGUGUGGCAAAGCAUUCAGUCAAAGCUCUUACCUAAUUAUACAUCAGAGAAUUCACACUGGUGAGAAACCCUAUGAGUGUAAUGAGUGCGGGAAAACCUUCAGCCAGAGCUCAAAGCUUAUUAGACACCAGCGAAUUCAUACAGGAGAGAGACCCUACGAGUGCAAUGAAUGUGGAAAAGCUUUCAAGCAGAGCUCAGAGCUGAUCACCCAUCAGAGGAUACACAGCGGAGAGAAACCCUAUGAAUGUAGGGAGUGUGGAAAAGCCUUCAGUCUGAACUCAAACCUCAUCAGACACCAGAGAAUUCACAGUGGAGAGGAACCCUAUCGGUGUAAUGACUGUGGCAAGACCUUCAAAAGGAGCUCAGCCCUUGUUCAGCACCAGAGAAUCCAUUCUGGGGAUGAAGCUUAUAUAUGCAAUGAAUGUGGGAAGGCUUUUAGGCACAGAUCAGUGUUGAUGCGCCAUCAGAGAGUCCACGCUGUUAAGUAACUUAAUACAAUGAUUCAUAAAUAGUUUAUUUUUCUCUAUAUUAGCCAGAACGUUGACUUUGGAGCAGGAUUCCACAAAGGUAGUUUUAAAAAAACAAAACGGUCUUUAGUCUAACUUGCUAUGUGUAACACUUCCCGAUGCCACUGCGAAUUUUCUUUGAAACUUCCUGUGAUUGACCAGAGCAAGAUAAAGGACCAUUCCUUUGAGAUUUGCUCUUAACAUUAGGAAUACUCAGGAAAAUAAAAAAAAAAAGGUAAUGUAAUAUUGAGACCUCAUUUUCUAUGAGAAUGUCAUUGGAAGAGGCUACAUCUGAUUAUACCAGAUAAUAUGGAUGACAAGAGAGACUGCUUAAGAAAUUCAAAAGUUUUUUACUUAAUAGUAGCCAGUCAACAAGAAAAGUGAGCAAACAAUUUCAUUGAUGAUUUGUUGAUCCCAAGACAGGCCCAAAAUAAACUGAGCUUGAGAAGAAAAAGAUACAAAUUAGUUUAGACAACCUGAGGGCCCUGUCCAUUCCCCACCCAUGUGCUGGGUAUUGAAUUUAGGGCCUUACAUGCUAGGCAAGUGGUCAGUUUUGUUAUUUUUUUAUGCCGGCUUUGUGCCAGUGACUAGAAAUAAAGAAAGAUAUUUCUACAGUCUAAUGGCCAUUACCAGUCAGGUGAUGACACUUUAGUAUGGCCACAGCCUUUGGGGGUGGAGUUCGGGUUUAUUUGUGCAGCCUUGGCUGUCCUGGAACUCUGUAGACCAAGCUGACUGGCCUUGAACUCAGAAAUCUGCCUGCCACUGCCACUAUACACCAAGUGCUAGGAGUAAAUGCGUGUGCCACCACUGCCCUGCACUUUCCCCAUUUCCCUCUUGUGAAUAACUCUGGAUAAAGGAUAUUGAAAUGACAUGGAAAAUGAGUUAACUAGGAAGGAAGGCAGGCCAGGUUACAAUGAAAGAUUGUUUUGUUUAUCACCAGAAACAUUACCUAUUGAGUUCAAAAUUGGCAUCCUUUCUGUGAGAUAGGAUUACAGCCAGAUUCUCA